GGAUUAGCGGCUAACUCAGCCACGGCGACCGCGUCGCAUGGGUGCUUGGCCAUGUCCCGCCCCUUCCAAGCUUCACGGCCGUUUCGCCUUUGGCACCCAGCGUCAUUCCAGGGGACGUCAAGCAAGAGAUGCACCAACACAUGACCCGGACACUCACUCCUCGCCUUAUACUUCCUCCUUGAUGCCGUUGAAUUCUGUAGCGAUAUGAGGCACGUCCUGUCCCGUCGAUCGUUAUAUCCCCAUCCAUAGCCAUAUACCCCGGCCGGCCUCUGCACCGCGAACGACUCCCGUUAAACCCGCUGGACGGAAGACACUACCAACGCGUCGCCUCUUUUGACAUUCGAUAUCGCCAUGCCGUCGCUACUCGUGCACUCGCUGUUUGCGCGCCAGAAUCCGCUGGAUGAGGCUAAGAACACGCUCAGUUCCUGGGACAACUGCAUGGCCAAGGCCUACUGCAAAUGGCCGGUCAUAGUCGUAAUCAUCAUCGGAGCCCUCAUCGUCAUAUCUGUGGUUACCUGCAUAGCGCGAUGCAUAUGCUGCGGCGCCGAGUGCGCGUGCUGCUGCUUUAGAUGCUGUACGUGCUGCUGCAGCGGCAGUGGUGGAAGAGGCCACAAGCGCGUCAAGAGCGAUCCCGCCGCCCCGUACCCCACGCCAUAUGGAGCGCCUCCUCCUCCCAUGAACCCCUACGCCCAGGCGCAUGCCGCCGCGCCGCCUCCUCCGCCCAUCGACACCCGCCCGGUGAACCAGCAGUACCGCUCCAACGCCAUGCCGACCUUUGCACCCGUUGCGCAGCCAGAACGACCGCAGUUCGCGACCUUCGAUUCGACACGAGCCGUCGUCAACGAAGACUCGCUACCCGCAAUGCCCACAUGGAAAGACGGGCGCGACGUGCACGUCCAAGUCGAGGAACAACCCGCGCCCCAGAAGCAAGGCGACAUGGAGAUGGACAGGCUAGACCGCAACGGCAGUCCAAUAAGCGGAUCAAUGGGAGGAGUGGCAGCGGCUGCCGUGCCAGCAACACGACGGUCGCCUGGCCCGGGCCGGUCGCCAGUAUCGCCAAUGGACAACUACGGCCACGGCUACCCCCAAGGCGGCUAUCAAAACGAUUCCUUCGUCAGCGAAGGAGCGCCGUUGAACGGCCAGGGUGCAUACGGGCGACCACACGCGCAGCAGGACGACUACCGGAGAGGUUCGCCCGCUCACAACCUAUCACCAGUCUACAGCGCAAACGAAGGAUACGCACCACAGCAGCAGCAACAGCCCUACGGCCGCCGCUCGCCAGGCGCUCACCAAGCCUACGACUCCCACGACCAGCUGAGUCAAUACAACCAACAACCUUCCUACAAUCAACCGCAAACCUACGACCAGCGCGACUACUACGACGAACCCGACCACCGCCACCAGUCUCCCUCACCACCCGCCGCAAACUCCUACGCCUACAACAACGAUCCCUCCCCAUCAUACGAUACCUACACACCCCCGCCAGCACCAGCAGCGUUACAGCCCGGCUACGCAGCCUCUGAAUCAACCAACCAUGGCUCUUUCACAAAUGCGGCGCCAGCAUACCCAGGGCAGAGGUCAUAUACGCCUGUGGCUGGAAGUGUGGGACAGCAGCAGCCAUAUCGCGCUUUCACACCGGGCGCGGAACAGCAACAACAACAACAACCACCGCAGCAGCAGUAUACUGGAGUUAGCAGGAAGCCUGUCGAGGGGUCUUAUAGGGAAAUAUAGAAAUAGCAUGUUUGUUUUCGUAUGUAGGGAGAAUGUGAUACCCAUACAAAGAACUUGGACAUUGUGCUUGACGGUUCGUGAGCUGAAUCUUUGCCCGCAUCUCAUCUUGUGUUGUCAACACCAAGGUUCAAGUAACACUAAGAGCAAAGAGAACA